AACUUAUUGGCGAUAUACUUUCAUUUGUAGUUCCAUACUCGUUCCAGUACUUUCGCCCACGUGUCCUAUCACUUGCAGCUGUUGUUGCCCUGUAGCGGUUACUAUUGGGCAGUUGGUAUUGAUGUAAAAAGGGUUACAACAUUGUAAAAUGUUAACUCUGCCGGUGCGAUUGGCUUUAUUUGUGGUGUAUUUGGUUAGUGCCACCGGUGGAAGCCAUGUAGUGUCGGUGACACAAUUUCAAACUUCAUCAUGUGCCGACCGCCAAGCGCCCGGUAUAAUUUGCGCCAACUGCAACACGGUGGCCGUUUGCGUUAAGAUAGGCUCGGUAUGGGAACCAUCUUUGGUCGAAGCCUGCAACGCGGACGAGGGCCUGUACUGUAACGAGUUCGAGGGAGGAUGCUCUACCAGCAUUGGGUCGUGCAAUCCGACCGGGGGAGGUGGCUUUGAGUGUAACACGCCCGGCGUGUUUCCGGAUCCGUUCAACUGUCGGCAGUACCACAUGUGCUUCCUAAACGGCAACAAUCCAGUGGCGAUUAAUAUGGACUGUGGAGGGGCGGCCUUUUCACCAGCAAGUGGGGAUUGCUCCCUACCGCUGAACGAUACCGUCUGCCUAACGCCACAAUUCAACUGCAGCUUCGUGGGACAAAUGGCGGCCUGGCCGGGAAAUAACAACAUCUACUACAUCUGUGCAGCGGAAACGGUACAAGGAAAUCGUCUACUGCGCCCACGGUUGUACCGCUGCCCGGCCAAUCAAAUGUUCGUCGAAGGACAGUGUGUGCAGCGUGACUGGUCCAACAUGCCACCCGGUACGAUAGUUCCUUACGAAUGCGUGCGUCCGGGGUUGUUUGCUGAUCCUGCCCACUGUCGGUACUACUACAGCUGUAACGCGGAGCUGGUCGCAACGCAUCUACAAUGCCCAGAAGGAACCUUCUUCAAUGAGAAUACCCUCUCGUGUGUGUUGGGAGUUUGCUAGUAGGAAAUGUUUAGUUGCCGUUUACUUCAUGUUGCAAUAAACAAUCACUUGCGAAUCGAAA